AUGUGGAGACGAUUCGGACCUAUAGAAUUGCGGACGGCAGUCUUACCAGCACCAGCUAAUAAAGUCGUCUGGAUAGCAGAUGAAUCUGGAAGUCAUAUCAAUGAGUUGAUGACAGUCGAGCAGGCAGCCACCUUCGCAGCUCUCAAAGCUUGCAUUGAGCCCAUUGCAAAUAUUAUUCGUAGCGAUCAACCGGAUAUUCUUCAUCCGGAAUUCGAAUUCAUGACUCUUUUAGUAAAAUAUUUCGAUUCAUAA